GCCCAGGCCAGCCCCAUGGCCCCGGCCUGCCGAGCGUGUCCUGGCGUCUCUUUGAUGUCACCAUGCAUGGGGGGGAGGGGUAGGGAGCCUGGUUCCCCCCCACUCCCCAUAUGCCAUGAGGGAAUUCACCCUGGGGCACCCAUCCUACAGCUGGGGAAACUGAGGCACAGAGCAGUCGUGCACCGCAAGCAGGGUGACUUCACAGACCCCCCGACGUUGUGCGGCUCAGUGGGUCCAACAUGGCAGGUUCCUGGCGUCUCCUGCCCCCGCCCCCUCCCCUGCCCUCACCCCUUCUGUCGUGCUCCCUUGGUUUGGCCCGGCUGCCCCGGUCCCCUCCGGAGCCCCCGUUACCCCUCGCUGCCAGGCUGUGGGGCGCGUGCCCCUGACCAUCGCUGGGGGAUUGGGGCUCCUGGGGGUGCGCUGGCUACGUGGGUGCAGGGCCCCAUUGCUGCAGAGCCGGCCCUGCCCCCCUCCCUGGCACCGCCCGCUGUGCCCAGCUCCUCCUGGCGUGGUGCUGGCAGGGCUUAGCGCCGGGCUGGCAGGGCCCGCCCCAUGGGGGGGGGCAAUCGGCUCUUCCCUGGACUUUGGCUGGAGCAGAACUUGUGUGACUGAGCCCCGGCCCCAGAGCCGGUCUGAACAGCAGGAAGGUGCCAGCCAUGUGGCUCUACGUGGGCCUGGUGGCCCUGGUGUGGGCGCUGGGCUGGUACCUGCGGGACCGCCAGACCCUGGCCAGUGUCCAGGACAAGCACGUCUUCAUCACGGGCUGCGACUCGGGCUUCGGGCACAUGCUGGCCAAGCGGCUGGACAGGAAGGGCUUCCGGGUGCUGGCCGGCUGCCUGACCCAGAAAGGAGCCGACAACCUGCAGCGCACCAGCUCGGCCGGCCUGCGGGCCACCCUGCUCGACGUGACCAGCAGCGAGAGCAUCCGGCGGGCCGCGGCGUGGGUGCAGGCUGAGGUGGGGGAGAAAGGUCUCUUCGGGCUGGUGAACAACGCGGGGGUGGCGAACCCCAUCGGCCCCACCGAGUGGAUGCGGAUCCAGGAUUUCCGGCAGGUUCUGGCCGUCAACACCUUCGGCCUCAUCGAGGUGACCCUGGCGCUCCUGCCGCUGCUGAAGCGGGCGCGGGGCCGCGUGGUCAACACGUCCAGCGUGCUGGGGCGGCUCUCGGCCAACGGGGGCGGCUACUGCGUCUCCAAGUACACGGUGGAGGCCUUCUCCGACAGCCUGCGCUCCGUUCCGGAUCCGGCCUGUUCCCCGCCGGCUGUCCUGGGGCUGGGGGCACUUCCCCCGCAGCUCACGCCGGUGCCUUGCAGGCGGGACAUGUACCACUUCGGGGUGCGCGUGUCCAUCGUCGAACCCGGGUUCUUCAAGACGGCCGUGACUAGCCUGGACGCCAUCGAGGCCUCGCUGCAGGAGCUGUGGAGUCAGCUGGCGCCCGAGGCCAGGCAGAGCUACGGGGAGGAUUUCUUCCAGCAGUACCUUAAGGUGCAGCGUCUCAUCAUGAACUUCAUCUGCGACCCCGACCUGAGCAAGGUGACCAGCUGCAUGGAGCACGCGCUGCAGGCCAAGCACCCGCGCACGCGGUACAGUGCCGGCUGGGACGCCAAGCUGCUCUGGCUACCGGCCUCCUACCUGCCGGCCUUCCUGGUGGAUGUUGUGCUGGCCACGAUCCUGCCGAAGCCGGCUCGCCGCAGCCGCUAGCCCCAGCGCUGUACGUGGGGUUUAGCCCAAAGAAUGUGAUUGGGCCCCGGCCCCCCAAAGCCUCUUGGAAAUAAACCAGCCCCCAAAGGA